GAACUUUGUCCAGUCGCCGUGCACCAUUCGUAACAGCAAGUCGUGUACAAGCAGCACAGCAUCAUCCUGCGCGGAAAAAGUUUUCCCGAAAAGUUAGCAAACUCCAGAACUUUUCCAUCCAUCCAUGAGAACAUCCUUCUGAGAGAUCAUCGAAUACGACAAGAGGCAAGAUGCGUUCGACGACUUUCCUCCUUUGUUUAGCAACGCUCACCUUCGCAACACUAACAGCGAAAGCGGAUGAUCAGCCGAAGCUGGAAAUCCUCCCGAAGAGUUCAGUGAUCACUAAAGCCAUCGGACUCAGUUUGGCAUUAACUUGUAAACCGAACGUCCAGAAUCCCAGCCUGAUAACCCAGCUCGAGUGGAGGGAUCCCAAGAACAGGAAGAUCGACACUAAUACCGAUUCGUCCUCACCAUAUGUCCAACAAUUAACUUCCGAGCCAGGAGCAGUUUUGAUUUUCACCAAAUUGACUGAGGAUCAGGCUGGAGAUUAUACUUGUUCCGCGAAAUAUGCAAACACCGAAGCGAUUGAGGCCACCAUCAAAGUCGAUACAAUCAUUGAUAUUACAUGGGUCGAUGCUCCGGAGUCUCAAUUUCCAGUACUCGGAAAGGAUUACAGGAUUCGUUGCGAAGUCCAAGCGAAACCUGCUCCGAUCGUUGAAUGGGUCCGGAAUAAAGUUGCCAUUAUAUCCAGCGAUAGAUAUGUCACCGAUAAUAAAGGGUUGCUGAUUAAAAACGUUCGUGAAUCCGAUGAUGGUCUAUACACCUGCAGAGCUGUCGUGGUCAGCACCGGAAACGUCAAAGAAAGGAACAUUAAAGUUGAAGUGCAAGUACCACCGCAGCUCAAUGAACUCAAAGAGAUUUCGAUUAUCGAAGGUGAACAGGCUUCUGUUCAAUGCAGCGGCUCCGGUAAACCUCCACCAGAAUAUACAUGGAUCAAAGAAAAGACUCGCGAAAACUUGGCUACCACUGAUCGAUUCGAUGUCAAGAAGAACACCGGGCUUCUUAUAAUCAACAAGGUUGAAUACAAUGAUAAUUCAGUAUACAAGUGCAUCGCUGAGAAUCAAGCAGGAAGAGCCGAAACCACCGUUAAAAUCAACGUGCUCAUAAAGCCGAAAAUUUUCGAAUUUAUUAAUAUAACUUCCCCAAUUGACACCGAGACCAAGAUCAUCUGCAAAGCUUUCGGACGACCAACGCCCCGUGUGAGUUUCAGGAAAUUAUCUUUGAAGGACGCUUACACCAUUGGUCCACAAAAGGAAGACAAGCGUAUCGUUGUUGAGCAAAGCAACGACCCAGCCAAAGGAGAAACUUACGGUAUUUUGAGCAUUUCCCGAGUGAAUCGCACUGAUGACGGCUUGUACGAGUGCAUUGCUGAGAACGAAGUUGAUGCUGCCUACAAGAACGGGCACAUCACUGUGGAGUUCCCCCCGACUUUCGAGAAGACCAAGCAUUAUCCUCCGGUCUGGACAUGGGAUAAUCGUCCAGGAAAUUUAAGUUGCAUCGCCGAGUCUAUUCCGAACGCCACUAUCAUAUGGAGACUGGGAGGCGUGGAGAUCCAGAAUUCCCCGAAUAUGAAGAUCAUCAAUAAUGGGCCACAAUCGAACCUUAUCGUUUCCGCUUACAGUGAAAAGAAGUUCUUCACGAAAUACGAAUGCAUUGCCAAGAAUCGUCUGGGAGACGCUACUCACUUCAUCGAGCUCAAGCAAGCCGUAGUUCCCGGAAACAUCCAGCAAGUCACCAGAGCUGAUUUAACUGCGACCACCGUUAAAUUCAACAUCGUCGGACCACCAGUUUUGCACGGUUUACCUUUGAGAGCCAUCAUCGUUCAAUACCAGACUGAACGCGAACGUAUUUGGGACACCGCCAUGAACCGCACCUGGAGCAUAGACGCUCCGUACAUUGUUGAGAAUUUGGUACCACAAGAGACGUACACCUUCCGAUUUGCAGCCAAGAAUGAUGUGGGUAUUGGACAUUUCGGAGCGCAGGAAUUGAUAACGAUGCCACGCCGCUCUGUCCCUGCGGAGCCCAAAAUUUUAGUGUCCAAUUUACAUGAGAAUAGCACUAGAGAUUUCGUUGCGAACAGCCCGUAUGCGGAUCACUUCGAAUUGAGAUGGAAUGUGCCCAGUGAUAAUGGGGAUCCGAUCGAUAGCUACUUGAUUAAAUAUUGUGUGUCGCACAGGGUGAACGGUGAGUGGAGGGACUCGACAGCAGAAUGCAGCACCGAAAUAACUCAAUCCUUCGAAUAUACCCAUUACGAAUUGAACCAACUUAGCGCAGACACUACAUACAAAAUUGAAUUAAGGGCGCACAACGCGAUUGGAACAAGCUCCCCGGCUGAAAUCAGAGUUAAAACGGCAAGAGGUCUUGAUACUGCUAUCUCGAAUCACGAAGGACCAGCAAUUAGCAGUGCUAUGAUAAUUGGGAUUGUCGUCGGAGCUGUUCUAUUAAUCCUCAUUGUUGUCGACAUCACUUGCUUCUGUGUUAACAGAGCUGGAAUUAUUGCCAUGCUCUGUUACCGCUCGAAGUCCGUCGACGAAGAGGAUCCGAAACUUGGAAGUCUAUACAGUUGGCGAUUUCCGCUGCCUUAUUGCAGUUACAAAGCUGCCCCAAUCCAUCCAAAUAGUCUGAACCUACCAAUGCCCGUCAAGUUGGCCCCUUCGGAUGUUGAGGAAAAGGAACCAUUGAACACCAACCAAAAUUCGACCCAACCAAUCAACUACGAGAAGAGAAACAUUUCGGUGGAAUUCGACGGAAAGCAGGUCCACACAAAGCCGGUAGAAAUUGGAAGGCAUUCCGCUGUGUAAAUAAACUUAAUAACAACAACUAUACCAACAAUACCAUUAUGAUCUGCGAAUAUUACUUUCCUUU